AUGAAUCAUAUAUCAGCAGGGUUCCAUUCGCCUACUGCAACUACUAUAACAACAUCUACUCAUACUACGGUGUUGACGCACUCUCCAGGCCAUGCUAAGCAGCAGCAGCUGCAGCACUCGCUUCAGCAACACCCUUCAGUGAAACAACUGCAAUUUCCACAAGAACUUCAAUAUGAAAACCAGCAUCAGAAUCUGCAUCGCAUUUCGGAGACAGCACUCCUUCAGCACUCCAGCCCCAUGUCACAGGGCAACGGAUCAACCAACAGCACCUCCAUAGAAUCGUCCCCAGACAUUCAGAACGGUUGCUCGUUGAACAUCUCCCCUAAGCAUUCCAGAAAAGUGUCGUCAUUAUCAAAUCGUAAUAUUAAUAUGAAAAACUUGUCGUUGAACUUGGAAAAUGGAAGCUCUAACUCCGGCCAGCAACAACAGCAACAACAGCAGCAACAACAGCCUGCAGUGCCCUUAACUGCAAGUGUGAACCCACCGCGUCUCUCCAGAAGGAAGACGCUAACUUUAUCAAUCCCAGCAGAUCAGAAUAUAGAACCUCCAUUGAUCACUCCAGCAGUCACGAAGACUCCGCAAAUCCCUCCUUUAAUACCAAAGCAACAAAGGAGCCACACAACUCCCGAUGCCGUGUUGUCAAAUGCACCCACCACCAACAUCAUCAAUAAUGGAAGCUCUGAGAGCAGCCCCUUCAGCAUACCGAAACCUUCAUUUCAUGAUCAUAACCCGUUCCAAGAACUUUCUCCAAAUUCUUUUGUACAACCAUUCACCUCAGAAUCUUCGAAGAACUUGCAAAGUCCAUUCUUAAUGAAUGGCAGCCAGGUAGAGGGCCAAUUUUCCACCGACUUCUCAGGCUUGCAAAUAUCGAAUGGAAACAGUAACGGCACCACUACAGCAGCCACUGCAACCUCCACAUCCAUAGCGUCCACAAAUGCGGCCUCUUCUGGGACUACCCCAAGUAAGAAUUACGUGUUGAAAAUACCAGAAGAGCUUCAAGAGUCUUCCACGUUGGAAGCUUAUCCUAAUGGGCCUGCUAACGUGCUAAAUGGUUCCAUAUUCUUAUUCUCUGACCCAGACCCUACUCUGGAAGCCUGCCUGCCAGGAAAUUUAGUAGAUAUCAACGACUACGACUUGGUGAUCAAUGUGGCCAAGGAAUGCAAGGAUUUGUCUUCACAGUUCGACACAGCCAAUGGAGCAAAAGAAUACAUCCAUAUAACUUGGUCGCAUACAUCUUCUAUUCUGAAAGAGUUACCAAAUUUGGUGAAGAAAAUAGCGAAGUAUGAAGAUAGUGCAUCGAAUAUUCCUAUAAGUAAGAAAAGGAAGAUUUUGAUUCAUUGUCAAUGUGGAGUCUCCAGAUCUGCAUGUGUUGUUGUCGGGUACUUUAUGUACAAAUUUCACAUUGGAGUAAACGAAGCUUAUGAAUUAUUGAAGAGUGGAACCAAGAUGUCGGAGGAAUCAUUUAAUCUUGCAAUUGGUGAAAAGGGAUACGAGAUAGACGCAUGUGACAGGAUAUGUCCAAAUAUGAGUCUCAUAUUUGAACUUAUGGAAUUUGGUGAUUCCUUAAACGGUAAAGUUAUAUAA